AUGUACCAUCCUCGGGUCUUCCAAAAAAAUAUACAGAAAACAAAAGAAGUAGAAAAAAUGCCUGUAAUAAUUAAUAAAGAACAAGUUAUACCAGAGAAUACUUUAUAUGAAGAACCCCUUGUGAGACAUACAAAACCCACUAAGAAGCAUGUUACUAUUUUCGGAUUCUCACAAAAGAAUCUUGAACAUGUUAUUAAGAGGAUUAAAGAAACUUGUCAAAUAGAACACAUAGAAUAUGGACUUAAUUGGAUAAAUGUUAUUACAAAUAAAGAUUCUGCACUUUUAAAGUUAAAUUUAUCACAUAUCAAUGGUGAGAUUAUUGGUGUGUACAAGGAGUCAAAUAAUUCUCUGAUAGAAGAUAAAGAUAUUUUUUUAAGGAAAGAAGGAAUAAUAAGAAAAAUAAUUAUUUAUUUGUUUGGUGAAUAA